AUGGCUACUCCUGUGGACCAGAAACUACUGCGGCAGACCAAAUUCCCUCCCGAAUUCAGUCAGAAAGUUGACAUGAAGAAGGUCAAUGUUGAGGUUAUGAAAAAAUGGAUUGCAGGCAAGAUCUCCGAAAUACUGGGCUCUGAGGAUGAUGUGGUAAUCGAGCUUUGCUUCAAUUUGCUCGAGGGUUCGCGAUUCCCCGACAUCAAAGCGCUGCAGAUCUCGCUCACUGGUUUUCUUGACAAGGAUACCCCAAAAUUCUGCAAGGAGUUGUGGGGCUUAUGCUUGAGUGCACAAACCAAUCCACAGGGCGUGCCAAAGGAACUGCUUGAGGCGAAAAAGUUGGAACUUAUUCAAGAGAAGAUUGAUGCCGAAAAGGCAGCGGAAGAAGCGAAGAGUCGCAAAGACCAAGAACAGAUCCGCGAACGGGAUGUUGAUUCUAUUCGACAACGUGAACGAGCAGAUCGGGGCCGAGGCAUUCAAGAUCGCCUCCUCCUCCUCCACCUCCUCGUCGCCGACGCUCUCCACAUAGAGGACCUCCACCCCGCCGCGAGGCAGACACUUACAUUCCCGGUGGCCGGGGAAGAGGACGAGCCAAUGGUCGAGGACGUUCACCCUCCCCGCGUCGAGCGCGUCGAACGGAUGCGUCAUCAUCUAGAUCCAGAUCACGAGGCUACAGAAGUCGAACUCCGCCUCUUCGACGAUGGCCGCGGUCAGGGACCAAGAGUAAAAGCAGGACAAGAUCACCUGUUUCCAGGCAGACAGGAAGGCUGGCAAAGGACUCUGAAUCACCCGGUGAAAGACGCGCACGAUCUCCAACACGUUCUGAUCUAUCACGCUCACGAUCGCCUAGAAGAAGACGUUUUCGAAGUCGUUCGUUAUCUUCCGUCAGCCGGAGUCCAACUCCUCGGCGCCAUAGAUAUCGUCGAGAUCGGUCCUACUCAUCCUCGCCAUCAAGGUCAAGGUCAAGGUCGCGCGAUAGGAGAGGAGGUUAUGGAAGGAGUGACAGACGUUACAGGAGACCUCCCUCUUAUUCUUCCGAUGAUAGGAGAAGCAACAAGCGCGCUGAUAUUCUUAAAGGCCGCAAAACCCACGAUGAUCGGCGCUUGA